CCCCGUGUGGCAGCGGCUGCGCAGCCAGCGCGUGUGCCGCGCCUGCCCCGUCCCGUGGUGCCCGGUAGCAUGAGGUAGCAGGCCAGCGCAGCCCAGCGCCUUCCUCCUCCUCCUCCUCUUCCCUCCUGGUCCUCCAUUGCCACCGACUCGUGGCAAUGCGCAGCGCCGUGCUGCUGCCCAGGCCCACCCGGCGGUGGGUGGUGCUGUGCGCCGCCUGCCUGCUCGCCGCCUUCCUCUGCUACACCUUCCUCGGUUCCUGCCGAUCGGGAAACUUCGGCCUCACAUACGUCGCACCAGAGCGCUUCGUGUGGGGCCGCAACAUGGAGAAGCUUCACUACGACCGGCACAUGCCGCUCAUCUUCAUCGGCGGCAUGCCCCGCAGCGGCACGACGCUCAUACGGGUGCUGCUGGACGCGCACCCGGAUGUUCGCUGCGGCGAGGAGACGCGCAUCAUCCCGCGUCUGCUGUCGCUCAAGCAGCAGUGGUCCAAGAGCCCCACCGAGGUGCAGCGACUCAUCGAGGGGGGCAUCACGGACGACGUUAUGGAUGCGGCCAUGACGGCGUUCAUCCUGGAGGUGAUCGUGCGGCACGGCAAGCCGGCGCCGCGGCUCUGCAACAAGGACCCGUUCACACUGCGUGCCGCCGUCUACCUGCACAAGCUGUUCCCGCAGGCCAAGUUCCUGCUCAUGAUACGCGACGGCCGGGCGGUCGUCCACUCCAUCAUCACGCGAAAGGUGACGAUCACGGGCUACGACCUGUCCGACUACCGGCAGUGUCUGAAGCGCUGGAACGCCGCCAUGUACUCCAUGUACAACCAGUGCCAGCAGCUCGGGCCCAGCAUAUGCAUGCCCGUGUACUACGAGCAGCUGGUGCUGCACCCCAAGCCCUGGUUGCAGCGCAUUCUCGCUUUCCUCGACGUGCCCUGGAACGAUUCUGUGUUGCACCACGAGCAGAUCAUCAACCAGUCGGGCAUAUCACUCUCCAAGCUCGAGCGUUCCACGGACCAGGUGAUCAAGCCUAUCAACUUGGAGGCACUGAGCAAGUGGGUCGGCCAGAUCCCGGAGGACGUUGUGCGCGACAUGGCCAAAGUGGCACCCAUGCUGUCCGAGUUGGGAUACGACCCAAUGGCCAACCCUCCAAACUAUGGUCGACCCGACUCAUUCGUGCUCAAUAACACGCUACAGAUCAAGCGCGAGACAGCCGAGUGGCGCGCUCGAGAGCUGGAGCUGGCUCAGCACCGCGAUGCCAUUCGUCGUGGUGCCAUAAGACGCAAGGUUGAGGAAGAUGCUACGUCUAGGACAUCCACACCUUAGGAAAAGAAACUGAAGUGUGUUUGACUUCAAAGACUUGGAACUUUGCGGCUCCCAGGAGUGCUUUUGUCUAGGAGCACAGCAGUCACUUCAAUUUUGUAAAAAUGAGGAAAAGAGUUGGAGCGGACAGCCACCUUCUCCAGUCACUUCAGUGCAAGUCGCGUCUGGCUGGCAGCUUUAGUUUAUGCCAAAAGGUCGAAUGUACAAGACAUCAGGUGUUCUUUCAGAUCAGCUUUUUUUCUCAAGUGUUAUCGCAUAAGUUUGUUGGCUUUUCAUUAUUGGAUAUAAACAUCAGCUGAAGCUUUUGUCAGCUUGAUUUGCAGAUGGUUCUGUCAAAUGGACUCAGAAUUAGAAAAAGAUGUAUUGUGUGAGAUCUUUGAAUGUCUUUAGCCUGUUUGUAUUCAUUCACGUGUUUUAAAUUGUUCUUAAAGAUAUUCCGCCGACAGCACAAGAAGUCAUUAGACAAGCUGUUGCUUUGCAGUAACUUGGUUAUGAAAUUACUCUUGAAUGGGAGUGUUAACAAGCUUCAUGUUCCAUAACUUAAUCCUUUAUCUUUGGUAAAGUACAGCUUACCUGUGUAAACUUGGAAAGAAGGAAAAAAGAUAAAUUGGUAAAUAUAGAAGCAGUUACAUCGUCUCUGAUCUGUGCCGUAUGCAGUUGGCCAAUUCUGCUUUGUUUUUGCUUGCUCAAUUUCCUUGAGCAGCUUCGGAUAGUGGCAGUCAUUCAUUGGAAAAAUAGACACGAUGGUGAAGAGAGUGUUUGGACCUUGUGUCAUCAGCCUUGCACUACUAUAGUGCCCUAACUGAAAACUUUCAAAGAUCUGAUGUGAUGCUCUCCAGGUUUGUUAUUGCAUAACCCACAGUUGGGUUAAUGUGCACAAUGAAAAAAGAGGUGCACACUGGAAUUGCUGUGGCAGAAUAUGCACAUAGAAUGUGCAUAUUUUGAUCUGAGCACGCUUCAUUCUUUUAAAGCUUUUGUUUUUUUUGCUCAUUAAAAGCUGCAUUUAAUUCAUGAACCUCAAGAAUUUGUCCAUCUUUGUAUCUCUAAUUACAAGUCCACUAAACUUGAGAAUCUCAUUUCCAAGUUGCUUUGUGUAUUAAGUACUGCUCAGUUUGUGCAUUUUCAAAAACUUAAGGGAUUUUUAUUCACACUGAUAAUUGGUGCCAGUCCUUGGGUUCUAUAAUUCAUUGGAUUUAUGGUGUUAGUUUGUCUCUGAACAGUAAUGCACUGUGCAGGAAUUUUAUACAAACUGACAUAUAAGUAUUUCUGCCGGAAGAUUAUUCUUUAAAUCAAUGAUGGAAAAACUGCUUUAUACAUAUAAUUGAGAGUUGUUAUGUAGGAAACUCAUUAUACAACAAAUAUUCUAACACAUACUUCAAGAUCAGUUGCACAAACGUGAAGAAAGAGAUACUGGCUGGUAUAAAGUACUCGUUCUAUGUUCAUCAGGCGAAAUUUUGUGCACACUUUUAUGUCAAGGCAACUAAUCUUGAACAGCAUCCUUUCAGUUUUGUUCUCACAAUCUAGCAAAUUUAAAGGGGUCAGUCCAGCAUAGGUCUGAUCUAGUUAUUAUCAGUACAACUGUUUACACACAUUUUUCUAUACUGAAAUUUAUUUUUUGGCAGCUUGGGCUACAUUAUUAUGCCAAACCACUUCAUGUUCUGGAAGCUUUAAAGCAGGACAUUAAAUCGGCUUACUGAUAUCAAAGCGUUGGAUGCAUUUCAGCGCUCUGUAAUUGCCAUGGCAGUCUGCCUGCGCAGCUAAAGACACAUAUUGUGCAAUUGUGCGAGAAGUGAUUAGCAAAUAAAUAUAGCUGUGUCUGUUGAGUUAGGAAGAAAAAAAGUCUAAACUUUUUUCUUUUCUUCAAAAUUGCUAGGUUAUAAAUGUGCCAUCACACAUGGUUUCUCAGCACAUUUCUGUCUUGACGGAGAGUCAGAGCUUAUUACAGAAGUCAAGCGCUUCUCCAAACACGUGUGAUAGAGCCUUACUAUGUAAAUAGCGGUGUGAAUCAAAAGGUGUGCAUGAUACAGUGCAGCUGUCCUAUCGGUGUGCUUGUCUGAGCCCGUUAGUAUUUCUUUGCCAUUCCUCUUUGCUUUCGUUACGUGCUGCUUUUUAGAUGCACUGUGCCGGGCCAUGGUUUCUUUUUGAUCGACGUCAACUGCUCUGCCUUUACUCAGGAGUCUUUGCCUUUUAUUGGCACACUUGUAGCUGUGGACAGGGCAUUCUCUAUGGGCAUGUACAGCCAAAACACCAUUCUCGAAGGCAACAUUGGCUUGUGUCCUAAAGUAGGCACCAGCACUGAAAUGUCAUUAUGCACUAGAAGGAUGUUACGUUUAAUCAUACAUUUUGUUCAAGCAUGGAACACAGACAUUAUCGAUCUGAUGAUGACCCCUUGCUGUUGUAGUCGAUAAAGCAGCAUCAUUCCAUUUUGCUUGGCUUAUGUUGUCGAGCAGUCCUCUUUUUUCUGCUCAUGUUUCAGUGUGAGAAUAGGCUCAAAAGUGUUCCUUUUGCGAAGACUGUGAUUUCCCAUGUACCUUCCUGCCAUGUUGGUAACUACAUUCUUGACCUGAUGCAAGUCCUUGACAUGAAUGUUUCUUUUCUUUUUUUCUUUUUUUAAAGGAAAAAUGCUUCUGCCAUCCUUUUUUUAUUACCCCUCUGAAUCCCCUUGCUGCACUCCAAAGAUGUUUGGGAGACAUGAUGUGCACUUUGAAAAAGAGUUAUGCACAAGUUUUUUGUACACUGAGGGGGAGAUGAAGUACUGUUCAUGCAUAUAUACAUAUGCGUAGCAGUGCAGGAUUUCAUCAUCUAUUUGUGUUUGCCAUCAUUCAAGGACGGUGAAUGCAAAUUUUUUUUUUCCUAUAUUCGCAACAAAAGCGUCGCCCAUUGCUUUCAGGAGCUGUGAGAUUUGACUGAUGUUUUCUGGCAAAGGUGCCAGACCUCGUGAAAAUGGUGGUGGGCCAACCGGUGAAAAAUUCUUGCGUACAGCAUGGACUGUGGUUGUUCAAGAAUUUGCUUGGAUGGUUGGGUGUAUUAUAUCGGAGUGUGAGUGCAUUUCUUGUUUUCUUGUACAUGCACUGUUUGUGAAAGGCAGUACUAGUUUGUGGAUAAAUGUGAAUGCUGGUAUGUGGAGCUGGUGUAUGAAGUGUUGUUUACAAAAAAAAUAACGAAAUCAAAAAAAAAAGUGUAAAGAUAAAACAUUGGACGAGCAUGUUUGUAGCGGUGCUUAGAUUUAGUACAUUUGGUUUGUACCUGUGGCUGUACUGCUGCCUGGGUGUUUUGAAUCGCUCGGGGUGUUUUGAGAUGCAUACUGAGUAUGCCUGUGGUAUGGUUGCUGAAGUACUUGGAAGGUUGCAUCAAAACAAAAAACAUGUUUUUAUUCAUGCCUAAAGUGGACGUAGCUUAUAGUUCUAUUAAUCAACUGAGCAAGGAUAGGCUGGAAUGUUUGAACCUCAAUGUUUGAACUGAACAUUUCAGCUAAAUGGGGUUUAGCUAAAAGCAGAGGUGCUGCAUUGAGAAGAAGUGUACAUUCAAAGUACAGAAUUCCUAGUAGUUUGCAGAUGACAGUGUAGACCGUGUUACACC